UUAACAUGGAGCUGGAAAAACAUCCGCAUUCCGUUAUUAAUUUCCGUAGCCACCAACUGGUAAGAUGAUUAGAAAAUCUGCUGUUCAGUUAGGGGGCGGCAUAAAGCCAGCCCUUGCCGGUGUAAUCGCCUCUGAGAAGUCGCUAUUCACUGUCAAUUCGCAUUGUCGCAAUGGUAUGCGCUAACGUCAAGCUUUGUUGCGGCGUCGCCUCUGCAGUAGGUUGGAAAAUGCCAUCCUUUGUUAGAAUUAGCCGUAAUGCAGUCGGCAAAACAAAAUAAUGUGGCGUAAUCUACUUUACCAAUUUUACACAACACGGUACAAGCAGGAUACCGUUUUCCUCACCAGGAGGUUGUACAAAAGCAAAUAAGCCGUGUGCGGUGAAUACUCGAUCGGUCCUAUGCGAAUCAUUUUCCCUAGAGUAGGCAGCUCAGUCACAUAUUUGAUAUUUUCCAAAUUUUUUAAACGACGUUCGACAUUGGACAUAUUCCAUCGUAAACCUUCACUCGUGAUCAUGAGCAUCUGUUCCCAGCCGAUUCCUCGCCAGCAACGCCGUCUGACAGUGAGCCUUCACUAUACCAUCCCCACGGAGCGCUUCACCAAAGGUCACUAUCAAUGGGCGGCCCCAGAUAGUGACGUUUACCGGGCGUGGUAUGUGGCCAAUGUACGCGUGGACCACCAGCAGGACUACCCACAGAUCCCGGAGGCGGUGUGGACAGUGCAGUUAACCGUGGAGCAGCGCGGUCAGCAGGUGACGGCCCGGGUUCUGCCACAAGACGCUCAUAAAGACGUCAAGGCGACCAGUGAGCUAACUGUCCAGUGCACCGUGCGAGCCAACAGCGGUGCUUCGUCCACCGUGGCCAUUGGCCAAGACGGAUGGACCGAGGCAUACCCUGACCAGCCCAGCAGUGAUCUUUCCACCCUCGUUGCCCCUAUCCUGCACAAGCCAACCGGCCACGUCACCGGGUACACCCUCCGUGGCGGUCAAUUGGUUUAUGUGACCCUGGCUUUCGACAUCGCCACGCCCCGCGCUGACCUCGAAGCGCUUUUAAUAUCUGGACGUUUCACCGACUGCAUCUUGGUGUCAAGCGACCACAAAGCUUUCCCAGUGCACCGCGCUAUCCUGGCCGCCCUCUCACCGGUCUUUGCUGCCACGUUCCAGCACGAGUUAACCGAGAAACUGACCGGUGUCUGUCGGCUGGGGGAUAUCGACGGCGAUCUGUUGGAAACACUGCUACGAUAUACGUAUGGCCGCGGGCGACUAUCGGCGCAGGAUCGGGUGGAAGAUCUGUGGAUGGUGGCUGAUCGGUACGAUAUGGGGUAUCUGCGGGCGGAGUGCGAGGACAUCAUGGCGGCGGAUGUGGAUGCCGACAAUGCCAGUUAUUAUGCGACGCUGGCCCGCGAGUUGGGUCUGUCGGAUCUGCGGCAGAGAGCCGAGGAGAUGGUGCAAGAUCGACGGGUGCCAUGGCGUGGACCGUAUAUGGACGGCGGUUGCUAUCGUUCUCUGCCGUCCGUCUGAGCGGAAGAUUUUCGUGUAGUAAUUUAUUUUGAUUUAAGGGGACUAGGUUUUACAUAAUUGCUUGAAUGCCUCUGUGGUACCAGUGUGAUGGCGGGAAUUCCAUUUAACGAUUUCUAGAUAUUUAAUUUUUGUUCGCUUUGAUGCAGUUUAAAUUGUUAAAGUUUAUUUAGUUUUACCUGCUUGCGUAUUUGUAUUAUUAAUUUUAGUUUGUGAGGAAGAUUCAUUCUGCUUGC